AUGCCGGGACCUGACUUGGCGGCCGCAUCAGACACGGCCAAAGACUGCCUGAUCCGCGGUUUGCAGGCGCAUGUCAGCUUCCUGCAGAAAGUUCUCUUGGAGUCCACGUCGACCGAGUCUGCACCUCUCGUAUGCGAGAAGCAGGCCGUCCCCAGAAAAUGCCUCGAGGAGCUGGAGUCGGCGUUGCGAUCCCAGCGCCGGGAGCUCGACGAGGCGCAAGCGGCCCUCCGCGCCGAGCGGGCGCGCGGCCGCGCGCUGGAGCGGGCGCUGGAGGCCAAGGCUCAGCUCUGCGAGGACCUUGCCGGCAGCCGGCCAUGGGAAGGUAGCAGUCCGCGGCUCAGGCGCACCGCAUCGAAACCACCGCCGCUGGCCAUGGCCCAAGCCAGCCACCAGUGCGGAAAGGAGGAGGGCCUCUGUGACGCGAGCACCUGCGCCCCGGACUCGGAAGGCAGCGGCACGGCGCGCUCCAUCGAGACUUCCGAGGAGGCCGCGGACUCGCAGGUGAUCGAAGCCUUCAUCGCCGAGCUUCGAGUUGAGCCACCGACGGAAAAAGCAGAUUCAACCCGGCCGGAGGACAAGGGCCGAGCCGCUCUGCAGCGCCAGCGAGCGCGCUGCCAGCAGCUGAACGACCAGCUCCAGGGCUUGGCACAGGAGCUGCUCCGAGUGGAGCCCGGAAGUUUGCUUGCGGCGCGCCUGUCCCCGCGCACGUGA